UCUAGUUCUCCUGCCCCCUUCGCCCUAGGGCCAAAUCACUAUGCUGGCGUCAGCUCGGUGCAGCAGCCGGCUGUAGGCUAAGCCAGCGAGCCGCGGCCGCAGCAGCAAGUGCCCUGCCAGGGGGGUGCGCGCAGCCCUGAGGAGGACGCUGCUGGGGUGCAGCUCAGCAUCUCCAGGGGCGGGUCAUUUAUUUGAAAGGAUGAUUAUUAAUUUGAACUGGUUUGUGUGCUUCCCGGUUGUACUGUUUCACCACUGGAUGGGGACAACAUUAUCCUUGAAUCUUGAAGAUCCAAAUGUGUGUAGCCACUGGGAGAGUUAUUCAGUUACAGUUCAAGAAUCUUAUCCACAUCCUUUUGAUCAAAUUUACUACACCAGCUGUACUGACAUAUUGAACUGGUUUAAAUGCACACGACACAGAAUCAGUUACCGUACUGCCUACAGGCAUGGAGAAAAAACAAUGUACAGACGGAAAUCUCAGUGCUGUCCUGGAUUUUAUGAAAGCAGGGAAAUGUGUGUCCCUCACUGUGCUGAUAAAUGUGUCCAUGGUCGUUGUAUUGCUCCCAACACCUGUCAGUGUGAGCCUGGCUGGGGGGGACCCAAUUGCUCUAGUGCAUGUGAUAGUGACCACUGGGGACCCCACUGCAGUAGUCGCUGCCAGUGCAAAAAUGGAGCCUUAUGUAAUCCCAUCACUGGAGCCUGCCACUGUGCUUCUGGUUUCAAGGGCUGGCGCUGUGAGGAACGCUGUGACCAGGGAACAUAUGGAAAUGAUUGCCACCAAAAAUGUCAGUGUCAAAAUGGAGCCACCUGUGAUCAUGUGACUGGAGAAUGCAGAUGCCCUCCUGGAUAUACUGGUGCUUUCUGUGAGGAUCUUUGUCCCCCCGGCAAGCAUGGGCCACAGUGUGAAGAAAGAUGUCCAUGCCAGAAUGGAGGAGUGUGUCACCAUGUGACUGGGGAAUGUGCCUGCCCACCUGGAUGGAUGGGCACAGUCUGUGGUCAGCCUUGUCCAGAGGGUCGUUAUGGAAAGAACUGCUCCCAGGAGUGUCAAUGCCACAAUGGAGGAACAUGUGACUCAGCAACAGGGCAAUGUCACUGCAGUCCAGGUUACACAGGGGAACGAUGCCAGGAUGAAUGUCCAGUGGGGACUUAUGGAGUGCAAUGUGCAAAGACCUGUCAGUGCAUGAAUGGAGGGAAAUGCUAUCAUAUUAGUGGUGCUUGUCUCUGUGAUCCAGGAUAUACGGGAGAACACUGUGAAACAAGGCUUUGUUCUGAGGGAGUCUAUGGUCUCAAGUGUGACAAAAAAUGCCCCUGUCACCUGCAGAACACUCGCAGCUGUCACCCUAUGUCUGGAGAAUGCUCCUGCAAGCCAGGCUGGUCUGGACUCUACUGUAAUGAGACAUGUUCUCCUGGAUUCUAUGGAGAAUCUUGUCAACAGAUCUGCAGCUGCCAAAAUGGUGCUGACUGUGAUAGUGUGACUGGAAAAUGCAUCUGUGCCCCUGGAUUUAAGGAUUCUGAUUGUGCUACUCCUUGCCCUCCGGGAACCUAUGGAGUAAACUGUUCUUCUGUGUGCAACUGCAAAAAUCAAGCCAUCUGUUCUCCGGUGGAUGGUUCUUGUACCUGCAAAGCAGGUUGGCAUGGUGUGGAUUGUUCAAUAAACUGUCCCAGUGGCACAUGGGGUCUUGGUUGUAAUUUAACUUGCCAGUGCCUUAAUGGAGGGGCUUGCAAUGCUUUGGAUGGAACCUGUACCUGUGCUCCAGGUUGGAGAGGGGAAAAGUGUGAACUCACUUGCCAGGAUGGCACAUAUGGAAUGGACUGUGCUGAGCGCUGUGAUUGCAGCCAUGCAGAUGGCUGUCAUCCAACCACUGGUUACUGUCGCUGUCUCCCUGGAUGGUCAGGUAUACAUUGUGACAGCGUGUGUGCCGAGGGUCAAUGGGGUCCAAACUGUUCAUUGUCCUGUUACUGCAAAAAUGGAGCUUCGUGCUCUCCAGAUGAUGGAAUCUGUGAAUGUGCACCAGGAUACAGAGGCACCACUUGUCAAAGAAUUUGCUCUCCUGGGUUUUACGGACAUCGUUGUAGCCAGGCAUGCCCCCAGUGUGUGCACAGCAGUGGUCCCUGCCACCAUGUAACUGGACUUUGUGACUGCUUACCUGGCUUCACAGGAGCCCUCUGCAAUGAAGUGUGUCCUAGUGGGAGAUUUGGCAAGAAUUGUGCCGGAAUUUGCACGUGCACCAACAAUGGAACAUGCAAUCCUAUUGACAGAUCUUGUCAAUGUUACCCUGGGUGGAUUGGCAGUGACUGCUCUCAGCCUUGCCCACCUGCCCAUUGGGGUCCAAACUGUAUUCACACCUGCAAUUGCCAUAAUGGAGCUUACUGCAGUGCCUAUGAUGGGGAGUGCAAAUGUACUCCAGGAUGGACUGGCCUUUAUUGUACCCAGAGAUGUCCCUUGGGGUUUUAUGGGAAAGACUGUGCGUUAAUAUGCCAGUGUCAGAAUGGAGCUGAUUGUGACCACAUAUUGGGGCAGUGCACCUGCCGCACAGGAUUCAUGGGGAAACACUGUGAACAGAAGUGUCCCCCAGGUACAUACGGUUAUGGCUGCCGGCAAAUAUGUGACUGUCUGAACAACUCAACUUGUGACCACAUCACAGGAACUUGUUAUUGCAGCCCAGGCUGGAAAGGAGCAAGGUGUGAUCAAGCUGGUGUGAUCAUAGUAGGAAACUUGAACAGUUUAAGCCGUACCAGUACUGCUAUCCCUGCUGAUUCCUACCAGAUUGGGGCUAUCGCAGGAAUCAUUAUUCUUGUCCUGAUUGUCCUCUUCUUGCUUGCACUAUUCAUUAUUUAUAGACACAAGCAGAAGGGGAAAGAAACAAAUAUGCCAGCAGUUACCUAUACACCCGCUAUGAGGGUCAUCAAUGCAGAUUACACCAUUUCAGAAACCAUUCCUCAUACUAAUGGUGGGAAUGCCAAUAGCCACUACUUCUCCAAUCCUAGCUAUCACACCCUAACACAGUGCACAACCCCACCUCAUGUCAACAACAUGGACAGGAUGACUCUUGCUAAGUCAAAAAACAAUCAGCUGUUUGUGAAUCUUAAGAAUGUGGAUCAUGGAAAACGGGGUGCAGUCCUGGACUAUACGGGAACACUGCCUGCAGACUGGAAACAUGGAGGCUACCUCAAUGAGCUUGGUGCUUUUGGGCUUGACAGAGGAUAUAUGGGAAAAUCCCUGAAAGAUUUAAUGAAGAACUCAGAAUACAAUUUAAGCAACUGCUCAUUAAGUAGCUCUGAAAAUCCAUAUGCUACUAUUAAAGAUCCACCAGCACUUGUGCCAAAAAACUCAGAAUGUGGAUAUGUUGAAAUGAAGUCACCGGCACGCAGGGACUCCCCAUAUGCUGAGAUCAGCAACUCUGCUUCAGCCAACAAGAAUGUUUAUGAAGUUGAACCUACCGUGAGUGUUGUCCAGGGCACAUUCAGUAACAGUGGACCUUUCAGCCAAGAUCCUUAUGAUCUUCCAAAAAACAGUCAUAUUCCAUGCCAUUAUGACUUGCUACCAGUUCGAGAUAGUCCAUCAUCCUCUGAGAAAGAGGUCAGCAGUGAAUGACUUCAAGCUCAUUGUACGGCACAGUGGAACUCUUAAGGAGAACGGUGGCUUGGUUAUGCUCCUUCCUGUACUUUGCCACCAUAUUUGGCUCCUAAUCCAUUCUGUAGACAAUUGCUGUAUGUUAAACAGGAAUCUCAAGCUGAGGUUUAUAUACACAGAUACGGCACAUGGAUAGAUGCCAAACUGAAGAGACCCUGAUCAGAUUUUCCAUUACAGUUAUUUUUACAAAGACACCAAUUCCACACAUUUACACUGUACUAUACUUGUUUAAACAUAAUAGUUUGCAGAACAGUUCUGAUAACAGUUCCAUUUCUGCUACUUUGAAAUUGUAUUUCAUGUUUGUUUUUCACUUGCUCAUGUUUCAUAGUAGAGAUACCCCUAAGGACUGUACAACCUACCAAAUAUCCACUUCUUACAGGUAGUCUGAUUCAUUUGUUAUCUAGAAGAAAAACUGUAUGAUAUUGCCAGAUUUCUUUCACAUCACAUCAUAUUGUGGUGGAUUAUAUUGUUUUUAGUCAAAAUGUGUAAAAAGACUUGAUCUGAUGGGAUGUAACCAAAUGCAAUGCAGAAGUGAUUUGAAAAACUCAACACACGUUUUUCAUGUCGACUACUGGUUAUGAAAAUACAUUGCCUGUGUAGUUUUGAAGGUGAUGAAAGCAUUGCAUGUAUUAAUAUUAUUGCAACACCCAAAGAUCAAUGGAUACCCCAUACUAGUAGGCUUUGGCACACAUCCUUGCCAAAUCAUUUGGUGCAUUACUGCUCCAUAUACUACAAUUCUGACCAUCAUUCCUGUCAUACACGAGUAAUAAUCCAUAACAUAUCAGUAAUUAUUGCAUAAAUAUGUAAAUGAAAUCAGUUUAUUUUUGUCAGAAUGGACUGAAUGAGUGUGUAAGGAAUGGACAAAAAUGAUGAAUGCUGUAAAUUUGAAGUGCAAGAAAAGGUUUAAAUUUUAUAAACAAGUAGUAAUAUGGACUGUAAUAUAGAAUAAGAAUAGUAGUGUUUUGAUUAAUUUUUUCCCUAGGAAUGACUGAACAAUCUCUGUGCAUACUUGCUAAAAAGGCACCUUUUUUAAUAGUUGAUGUAGGGAAAAUAUGCUUAAGCUGGUCUUUUGCAUUGCUAAUAACUUGACACAUAUACCCCAUUUUUCAUUAACUUGUAUCUCCAUUUUUAACUUUUGUAUCUAUGUUUCUAGUGCGCUAGCUUAUAACUGCAAAAUAUUUUAUUGUACAUUCACUGUUUAUUGCAUUUUUGACAGCUGGCCUUUAUUUUGUCUGGUUAACAAAUACUGACUUUUUCUCUUUGGGAGGGAUGGGGGGGAGUAUAAAAGUGAGAAUUGAUAUAAUAUUAAUGUCCACCAGAGAUGGGCUAAACAGGUUAGGUAGUGGUGUAAACUGAUGGAUUGAAUCAGCAGGAAAAAAAAUACAAUUACAAGGUGUUUUGCUUGAGGGAUAAUGUUUAUAAUAAGAAAGCAUGAUAAGUUGUCCUAAGCAGAAAAGAAAAAAAGAAGACCCCUAGCUUGGGGGUCAGCUCACUCCUGACCCUGCAUGUGGAGGCCAGCCUUCCCAAAGGCAUUCUCCCCUCUGUCUCCCAAGUAGUCAACUUAUAGUCAGGGCCCCAUGUCUUCUGCAGUUCAGUGGAAGUAGAAUUGUUCAUGGAAUCCACCCCUUGAAACAGAAGUCUGCUCCGGAGUCCAAGCUUUUAUUUAUUUGUAAUUGUUAAAACUGAUGCAAAGACAUCUCCCUGAAUCUUCAAACAGUCUGAAACAAUAGCUUUAGGGUGUCUGGACUGCUUGUUUCAUCUCAUUGGGAUGUUAGAUUCGAAACCUAAAGAUCAGAGAUUAUAUAUCAGUAUUGUUGACGAUACCACUGCUGAUCAUAUUAGUGAAGCAUCCUGCUGAUGGCCCAUAAUCUCAAACAGCCUUUUUCACCUUCCCAAACUAGUGACUCCGCACCCGGUCACAAGUAGGUUUACCUUUAAAUACAUCUGAACUGUGUGAUUAGGAUAUGAAGGCCAGCGGUUGGUCAAGCAUUUUGGUACUCGUAUGCUCUCUGUCUCAGUACAGUAGGUUCCACUAUGACUCUGUAUCUGAAAGUUUGGAUUAUGUUAGACAAAGAAUUGUUGACAUUGUGAGGGUAUUGGCUCCUAAGAGAAUCACAUCCCAUUGCCUUUGGCUGGAGGAACAAUAGCUACAAUACAGAGCCUCAAUGAGAAAAAUGUUUCUGGAUACAAAACCUGCUUGGGCUGAAGUGGAAAUACUGUCUGAUGUUUGCUGCGAUUAAAAUGGUGACAGAUCAGAGGUGUACACUCGGAGACCUCACCGUAGCUGGGCUCAGGCCUCUGCAGCACAUGUGGAUGCAUGGGGUGCCCAUUUACACCCCAUAUUUGUUUCAUACAUAAAUAUUGGCUGAUUUGUGGACAAACUGGAACUUCCUGGGCAAUUACACAUCCUUGUAAAAGUUGUAUGACCAGCUCAGGACAUCACAGAUAUAAAAAUAAAUGCUGAUGUUUCCGAAAUUAAGCAGCACUUUACACCCCACUUAAGGUAAAUGACUGAUUGGGUGUGUGUGCCAAGUACAUGUAGUGAUAUCGAUGUGUUUGUACCGUGUGAUCCAAACUUAAAAAUAAAAUCUCCUUUCUGAA